AUGCGCGCCCUUGAAUCCCUCUACCACGCCUACCUCCCGGUCCAAAACUUCCACCGUCUUGCCCACGGCGCAUCCCGGAUCCCACUUCGACGAGCUACAACAACAAGACCACACCCUCCGCCUCCACCCUCGAGCCCCGCAGUCCUCGGUCGACCACCAAGGCAAACAAGAAGCUACAGCCAGGAAGCAAGGGAAUACAACAGAGGCAGUCACGGCGACAACAACAACAACAACUUCCCCCCACAAAAUCCAACCCUAUCCCGCGCAGAACGCCUCCUCUCCCGCCUCCCCCGCCCCCUGCAGCGCUACACCACCCGCCUGCGCGGCGCGCCUGUCACCCACGUGGCCGCGUUUUUGGCGCUCCACGAGAUAACGGCUGUGGUGCCCCUUUUGGGACUGUUUGCCCUGUUCCACUACUAUAAUAAUAACAAUAGUAGCAAUGAUACCAAUGAGGGUGGCGGGCUGGUGGGCUACCUGCUGGAGCAUUACGGGGGGUAUGUGAGUGAGGGCGUGGGGAGGUUUGAGAGGUGGUUUAGGAGGCGGGGUUGGUUUGGGUUCGGUCAGGGUCAGGAUGAUCAUGAACAUGGGGAGGGGGGUGGUAGUGGUGGUGGUGGUGGGGAGGGGGAGGGGGAGGGAGGCAUGUCGUUGUUAGGGUUGUGGCAGGGGAAGCAGGGCGACAAGUAUCGUGUCGUGGUCGAGGUGGCGUUGGCGUAUGCCGUGACAAAGGUGCUUCUGCCGGUAAGGAUCAUGGCGAGCUUGUGGGCGACGCCGUGGUUUGCGGGGGUGCUGAUGAGGGUUGGUAAGGUGCUGGGGAGGGGAGGGAAGAGAGGGUAG